GCGGCGCCUGCCCUGCCCGAUGCAGGGAACCCGUCGCCCCCGGGCCGGUGCGGCCCUGCUCCCAGCCACCCUCCUUCUGCACAUUCAGGCUGCAGCGGCCGUGAGUUUCCAGGUUCUGGCUCCCGCUGGCCCCCUCUACGCCCCGCUGGGGGGCUCCGUGGUGCUGCCCUGCCAGCUCUCCCCGGCGCUCAGCGCCCGGGCCAUGCAGGUGACAUGGAGCCGGCCCUGGCAGGGCCAGGACGUGCACGAGUACUGGCCGGACGGGCACGAGGAGCAGGGCCCCGCCUACCGGGGCCGGACGGAGCUGCUGCGGGACGGGAUACAGCAGGGCCGCCUGGCCCUCCGGAUCUGGAACCUCACCCUGCCGGACGAGGGGCCCUACCUCUGUGACAUCCGGUCCAACGCCACCCGCCGCAGUGGCACCGUGACGCUCCAUCUGACGCGCUCCGGCUCAGACCCCGUCCUCCACAUCGGGCUCUCCCAGGACAAGCGGAUGAGCGUCACGUGUCUCUCCGAGGGCUGGUACCCGGCCCCAGAGGUGUUCUGGCGAAACGGCGACGGGCAGAACCUGACCCUGUCGGAGAAGAAAAAAUUCACCAUGAACCAGGGGCUGUAUGACAUCUGCAGCUCCGUAGUGCUGACCGAGAACUCAGCCCCUACCUUGGUCUGCGCCAUCCGCCCCGGCGCACCCGGCCCGGAGAAAGUCUUGGCCAUUCGCCUUUCUGAGGACUUUUUCCCCAGAGCCGCCUCUUGGAAAGUGGGCCUCUCCUUGUUCCUGUCCGUGUGCAUGUGCCUCCUCUUCCUGCUCGCCUCCCGCUUGUGGCGGGCUCGUUCGCCGCAACGCACGGCAGGAGCCG